GUGUCUAAGGAGGAGCGCUUGUACCGCAAACAGCUCCAUCGCCUCUGCCUUGUGCUGAUGAUGAUCCACGGAGCCAUCCGGAACCGCUGGUGCAACGAUUACCAGUUGGGCCAGGCGUUGCGAGGGGUGGUGUCCCCCCAGGCGCUAGCAUUGCUUCGCCAGCCUGAAAAUAAUGACCUUCUCAACUCCGUCAAGUCCCGUAGGUUCCUCGAUGGGCUCCAGAAGGUGCUCAGGGCAUACUCGGCCAAAUUCCGAGUCAGUGGUGAGGGUAUCAAGCGCAAGAACUGGAACGAGUUGUCGCUCAAACAACCUAGGCGCUUCAAGAACGUGGACUUCGAUCGCUUCAAGUACCUCAUCUCCCACUUCAGAGGCUCCCGCGACUUGGCUGCCCAAGGCUUCGUGUGCUUGCUUCGAGCCAUUGGUUUGAACGCCCGUUUGGUGUUUUCCUUGCAGCCACCAGACUUCACCAUAAUUGCAACUCUUCCCAAGAUCGAAGCUCUCGUCCCUGAAAAGAAACCUGAAACGGAACUGGUCAGUAACAAUUUCGGAACAAAUAACAAGUCUAAGCUCCUAUCUUCAAUAAGAUCUAAGUCUGCCACUGUCACUGAGCAACCUGUCGAACCCCUCCUCGAAGAUGCCCCGUUCCCCGUAUUCUGGGCAGAAGUUUGGGAUCAAUAUUCAAAGAAAUGGGUCAGUAUUGAUCCUGCAGUGCUUCAAAUUCUAGAAAUUGCACCCAUGAGAAACAAGUCCAAAUUUGAGCCUCCUCAAUCGGAACCUCGCAACCAACUUUACUAUUCUAUCGCCUACAAUAGUUUCGGGGUGGUAAAAGAUGUGACUCGGAGAUAUACCCACUAUUUCAACGCAAAGACGGCCAAGAAAAGAAUUACAUACAAAUCAGAAGAAGAGACCUACUGGUACGAGCGAGUUCUCUCCAGCAUGAAUACUUCAAUCCAAUCAAAACCUACGAAUUUGGAUAUCAUGGAGCUGAAGGAGUUUUACGAUCGAGACUUGGGAGAAGGAAUGCCUAACAAUAUAAGUGACUUUAAUAAUCAUCCCAUAUAUGCAUUGGAAUCGCAGUUGAAGCAAAACGAAGUUAUUUAUCCGAUGGACUCUACCAGCAAAUGUGGGACCUUUAGGGCAAAGACUUCAUCGCGCUCGAAAAAGGGCUCCUUUGGAGUAAUUCCAGUAUACAAGAGAGCACAUGUUCAUAUGUUGAGAUCAGCCAAAGCGUGGUAUAUGAGGGGACGAGUUCUAAAAGUUGGAGUACAACCAUUAAAGUUGAAGAAAAAGUCGGCGCUACAGAAAAAGAAUGAUGGAAGUGAUACCGAAGAUGAAGAAGAGCACACUAAUUUGUACGCAGAAUUUCAAACAAGACUUUUCAUACCUCAACCAAUUGUUGAUGGGGUGAUUCCCAAAAAUGCUUAUGGAAACAUAGACCUUUAUACAUCCACCAUGAUGCCCGAGGGCGGGUGUUUAAUCGAUACAACUGGAAAGUACACUAUGAAAAUGGCGGAAUACGCAGCCAGGUCAAUCUUAGAGAUUGAUUAUGCCAAAGCAAUUAUCGCAUUUGAUUUUGGAAAGAACGGAAAAUCAAAGCCAUCUGCUGGCCGUACUCCAACAGCGAGAGAAGGAGGUAUUGUCAUUCAUGACCAAUAUGAAGAAGCCAUGUUGGCGGUAUUGGAUUCCUUGGUGGAAGAAGAGGAACAGAACCUUAGAGAUAAGGUAAAAAUGAACUCUCUAAAGUACUGGAAAUUCUUUUUGACCAAACUACGUAUUUCAGAACGGUUGAAU